UCCGGCGAGUACCUCGCGGUACCUCGGCGCCACUCGGCGCCAAUCCGAUGCGCUUAGGGAGAAAGCGCACGCCGACCGAGUGGCCGUGGCAGUUUGAGACCGCGAGAGGAAAAAAGAGUUUCACAUGUCGUACAAUAAUUUAACAAAAAAGGGAAAAAAAAUAUUGCUUUAACUUUUUCCGUCACAAGACCUCUUUGUGAGUCAGCAGACUGCAGCCAAGGGGAAAGCUGAGUAGUAUCGAUAGAAUUUUUCUUAUCUCCGUGGAGCGAGAAUGCCCGAUUAUGCCCUCCAGCCCCGCCCCCCUCUCGGGGGCCCUCCGGACGGACGUUCUACCAGUUGUUGGAGGAUCGGUGCGGUGGUUCGACGCGCCGGAUCUCGUGGCGGUGGUCACGGUUUCUCUCAUGUCGACGUCGUGACGGGAGCGCUAUAUGGUUCUCAGACAGGCCGGCUCAUGACUAUGCGCUACCGGUGCCGUCUGCCGUCCGAACCACGCGCUGCCCGUCGGCGGCGUCGGCGCUGCACCAACCACCGUUUGAAAUGCUGAUGGACAUCCCUCUCUCGGGUUUCUUUCCCCUGAUAACGAUGCAGCCGUUCGUCGCCGCGUCUUUCCCUCCCGGAGAUAAUACAAGGAAUAGAAGGAGACUCGUUCCCUUCUGCCCCGCCCCACGCGUCGCCCGGUGAGAUAUCGGAAGCUAUAGGCUGAGCGUCCCGUCGAGCGCCUGUGAGUGCGAGAGAGACAGAGCGACGAAAGCACUGUGCAGGCACUGUGUGUGACUACGGUGCAGCAGCCGCGGCGUCUUCGCGUCGCCUCGUGACUCGAGGCGGGGAGGCGGGGGAAGUCCCAUGUGGCGUCCGAACGACGUUUCGGUCGGGUUUUAGAGCCUCCCUUGGCAUUUUUGUUGCAGCAUUGGCCUCUGGCCGGGAUGGUCCAGUUCUUUGUGAGCGGUAAGCAGGCGGAGAGGCCGCUUACUUCGGCAUGCCGGGUGCAGUGGACCCCUGACUGCUGCAUCCCGGGCAAGGAGAAGGACGAGAUGGCCGAGAAGGGACACGAUGCAUCGGCGCAAGCCUCCCCCACGCCGCACUGGAAGCUGCUGCUGAUGCAGGUGUGCCUGGGCGUGGUGGCCAACAUGGGCGGCAUUUCGGCCGGAGCCAACCUGGGCUUCUCCGCAGUGGCGCUGCCGCAGAUGCGGCACCCCAACGCCACCAUGUCCGUCAACGCCGAGGAGGCCUCUUGGAUAGCCGGAGUGUCGGCGCUGGCCACCCCCGUGGGCUGCCUGCUGAGCGGCUGGCUGCUGGACCGUCUGGGGCGUCGGCCCGCGCUGCUGUGGCAGAACGUGCCCGCGCUGCUGGGCUGGCUGCUGCUGGCCGUGCCGGCGGACAGCCUCGGCCUGCCCGGCAAGGCGCACGGCCUCGGCGCCGUGUACUUCGGCCGCAUCCUCACCGGCCUCGCCACCGGCAUGGGCUCCGUGCCCGGCACGGUGUACGUCGCCGAGGUCGGCCUCAAGCAGCUGCGCGGCAUGCUCGUCACCUGGACCUCCAUCGCCAUCUCUCUCGGCAUCGUGACAGUGUACGUGAUCGGCGCUGUGCUGCCGUCGUGGCGCCUCGUGGCUGUGGUGUGCGCGGCCUUACCUCUGCUGUCCGCCGUGCUGGUGUACGCCGUGGUGGUGGAGAGCCCCGUCUGGCUGCUGGGCCGCGGCCGCUUGGCCGAGGCCAGGACCGCCUUGGCCCGCACUCGCCUCGCGCACCCCGGCGACGUGGACGAGGAGCUGGCCAGCAUGCUGCGCAACCGGCCCAAGCCCUCGACGGCGAGGUCCAGCGGGCUCCGCGGCGUGCUCAGCGACCUGCGCCACCCCGAGUGCUGGAAGCCGCUGCUCAUCAUGAACGCGUUCUUCCUCUUCCAGCAGCUCAGCGGCGUGUUCGUCGUCAUCUUCUACGCCGUGGACAUGGUGGUGGAGGCCGGCGUGGCCGCGGACCCGUACCUGGUGGCGGUGCUGAUCGGCGUGGCGCGCCUCCUCGUCACCCUGGUCACGGGCUUCCUGUCGAACCGCGUGGGCCGCCGGCCGCUGGCCAUCGUGUCCGGCGCCGGCAUGGCGGUGUGCAUGACGGCGCUGGCGACGCACUUGCUGCUGCAGUCGCGCGGCGACCACGCCGGCCUGCUGCCGGGGCCGUGGCUGCCCGCCGCCGCGCUCGUCUCCUUCAUCCUGGCCAGCACGCUGGGCUUCCUCACGCUGCCGUGGGCCAUGAUCGGCGAGGUGUUCCCCGCGCGGUUCCGCGGCGCGGCGGGGGGCUUCACGACGUGCUCGGCGUACUUGUACAGCUUUGCGGUGGUCAAGGCGCACCCCGGCGCCAUGCAGGCGUUGGGCCGGCACGGCGUGUUCUUCCUGUACGGCGCCAUGGCCUUGCUGGGCACGCUGUUCGUGGCGCUGGCACUGCCGGAGACGCAGGGCCGCAGCCUGCAGGACAUCGAGGACUACUUCAGGGGCCGGAAACGCGUCGCCCUAGACAGUGCCGACGCCGAGGCUGCCGCGCGCCUCCACGUGCCGGCACAGGCCAAGCAGUCCACCGAGCUCAAGCCCCUCAACGGCUCGGCCGCGGCCAAAACCUGAGGACCCGCACUCUGUCGCGACUCGCGGCCUCAGGCUCAGGCCGCAGUUUGGCUGUGCAAACGCUUUUCCAUGUGGCAGGACGUCGCGGGCCUCGUGUCUGCAUGGCGCAUGCGACGACGUCGAGGGUGUCGCACUAACUCUGUAAAGAAAGAUCUCAAGCGGCACUCCGGCGUGUAUAGAUCUGAUGCCAGAUUGCCCUUCACACGUGUGUGGCUCUCCGCACCGCCGCCACCAGGACUGUUAGGGAGACUGUUAGACUUUUCGUAUCUAUCUGUGAUCAUCCCAGCCGAGGAAUGGAAUGUCAAGUGUGCGUCGACAUCAUUUUUGCGGCGAUGGAGGAAACGGGAUGGGGACCUUCACUGGCGUUCAUCUUCGAGGGAAGGCCUACGUCGAGUAAUGGCGCGAACGUCCUCUGGGUAAUGGAAGCCCAUGAUCAGCUGAGGUGUUCAGACUUCAUCAGCUGUCUUGCCUUGAAAAGAACAGCCCUGACCCAGUUCGGUAUGAUUACGCAAUUCGGCAAUGCUGCCUUGUGCAAACAGCAUUUUGUAGACGUUGGUUCUCAUUUUGUUCUCAAUGUACCAGCACUGAUAAGGGCGUUGCUUAGUCCAGCGCUUUGUGGCUGGGGAUUAGGUAACCCAACCCACUUUUAAAUAUGUUGACACUCCUUCUAUUUUAAGAGCAUGAAAUAGUCGUAAGAUAUUUGUAAUUUUGUAGAAGUUAAGAAUUUUAGUAAAAAAAUAAAAGACUAUUGAAAUUGA